AUGGCUCACAGCAGAGAGGCCUCAAAAAGUGGCCAUGCGCCGCAUGCCAACAUCACCAAAGCUGCAGUCCACCACCACCUCCCCGAGAGGCAUCAUGUCCCGGCUCCUGUGGACUAUGAUACCUCGAACCCCAUUGAGACCCGCAAAUACCUCAGAACCUACGGCCUGAUCCCCCCUGGCGUCGACACCUUCGAGAACCAGAGCAAGAGAUGCAUGGCAAUCUUGAACUCGAGGAAGACCGACAUUGAGAAGUACCAAUACCUGUCCGUCUUGAGGAAUACCAACGUCCACCUCUUUUACCGACUGCUGUCGGACAACAUCAAGGAGCUCACUCCUUUGAUCUACACACCAACUGUUGGAGAAGCUUGCCAGAGAUGGUCUGAGCUAUACACCCAGCCAGAGGGUCUCUACCUCUCAUUCGAUCAAGACAAGGGCAACCUUCAUUCUGUCAUCCAAAACUGGCCACAUGAUGUCGAGAUCACCGUCGUCACAGACGGCUCUCGUAUCCUUGGUCUUGGAGAUCUUGGUAUCAACGGCAUGGGUAUCCCCGUUGGAAAGCUUUCCCUGUACACCGCAUGUGCUGGUAUUCACCCCAUGAGGACCCUCCCACUUUGCGUAGAUCUUGGCACGAGCAACGAGGAAUUCAGGAAUGACCCACUGUACCUGGGAAGCAGGCGACCAAAGGUCACUCCUGAGGAGGAGAAGGAGUUCCUUGAUGAGAUGAUGGCCGCUCUUACCGAGAGGUGGCCAAGCAUUGUCAUCCAAUAUGAGGACUUCAAGAACCCUUUCCCAUCGCUCGAACGCUACCAGGACACCUACACCAUGUUCAACGACGACAUCCAGGGUACUGGUGCUGUCAUUCUCGGUGGCUUCAUUAAUGCUGUCAAGCAAUCUGGGGUCGCUCCAAAGGACCAGCGAGCUGUCUUCUUGGGUGCUGGAUCCGCUGGUGUCGGUGUUGCCAAGCAGCUUACCGAGUUCUUCAUCAAGGAGGGUCUGACCGAGGAAGAAGCCAAGAAGCGUUUCUGGCUCGUCGACUCCCAAGGUAUGGUCACCCUCGACCGCCCAGGCAAGCUGGCCGAGCACAAGGUGUACUUCGCCCGUGACGACAACAAUGGCGAACAGUACAAGACCUUGGAGGAGGUCGUCGAAUACGUCAAGCCAACCAUCCUGAUGGGUCUAUCCACCAUUGGUGGGGCCUUCACACCAAAGAUUCUGGGACGCAUGGCCGAGCUGAACGACAAGCCAGUAAUCUUCCCGCUGUCCAACCCAUCCAGCAAGUCAGAGUGCACAUUCGAGGAGGCCAUCAAGUACACCAAUGGCAAGUGCUUGUUCGCUUCUGGAUCUCCUUUCCCAACCCUCCACUGGAAGGGCAAGGACCUCGUCCCUGGCCAGGGCAACAACAUGUACGUGUUCCCAGGUAUCGGCUUGGGAGCUAUUCUCUCCAAGUCCGUCAACGUCACACAAAACAUGAUCUACGCCUCCGCUGAAGCUCUCUCAACCUCGCUGUUGCCCCAGGAAGUUUCUGACAACUGGCUCUACCCUGAUAUUCGCCGCAUCCGCGAAGUCUCCGUCAUCGUCACCCGUGGUGUGAUCCGCGCCGCACAGAAGGACCACAUGGACCGUGAGCUCGCCCUCCGCAACAUCUCUGAUGAAGAGCUCGACGACUACAUCCGUACUCGCAUGUACGAUCCAUUCACUGAGCACCUCAAAAUCGAGCGCGAAAUCUCCGAACUCGCCAGCCACUUCAACGCACACAUCUCCGACUCGAGCUCAACAGCAGCUACCAAUGGUUCGCGCCGCAGCACUGUCACGAGCCGACCGGGUACGGCUAACGGCCGUCCUAGGGCCCCGACCCGCGGGCAAAACGCCCAUGGCGAUGCUCUGACCGCCCAGAACCAGUAG